AUGCCCCUAACCAUCAAUCGCGAGCUCCAGUUCAGUCUGGCCGCGUGGAGCGGGGCGGACAACCUGGAUGGCACUGUGACGGCGGCUACGUGGAUCUGGCGGCCCCUCGUGGGACCUGGCGACGUGAACGGAGAUGUUGACCUGGUCGGGCACGUGGGCCGCGCUGAGUAUCGCUCGAGCUCUGGCCCGCUCCUCGGGGAGCUCGAGCGCGGACCUGGCCCGCUCCUCGGGGGUCCUAUCGAGCAUUGCUCGAGCACUGGCCCGCUCUUCGGUGUGCUCGGGCAUGGAGCUGGCCCGUUCAUCGGGGCUUCCCAGACGUACAACGCCAGUGGUGGCAAGUCGUCUGUCAAGCGAGGGCUCACCAGCACUACGGCUGGCGUUGUUCUCUUGCAGGAGUUUGGGCACGUUGCCGACCACGUCGACGCCCUAGGCGCAUGGUGUGCUGGCAGAGGGUGGCGCGUGAUGGCGCUUCCUAGGUUGCCCACAGUCGGCGUGGUCCCCCUGGCAGGUGUUGCGGUCACAGUUCGCGACAGCCUCGGCGUCAGGCCCCCUGUCCUUGGAGUGCGCGAGGUGGUCUCAAGCAGGAUUCAGCACGUCGCCAUCGAUCUACCAGGCGUGAAUUGCGAGCUUCACAGUUUCAAUGUUUACUUCGUCGCGGCCAAGGGAGCAGGUGGGCGCAAUGGUCGCAUGUUGCAGGAGCUUGGGCUGGCAGCUAAGCCCCUAGACGGCCCCGACAUGGCCCGGCAUGCAGAAGAGGUCCUCACGUUCGCCACGACUGCCUACCACGGGCUUGGCCUUUCGACGCGGCUCGACCGCUCCGCGCAGGAGCCGUGCGCCCUGGUGCAGGCUGGUCUCAGCGAGAAGACCUGCCGCGAGUUCUUGGACGGCAUCGAGCCUGACGUCGAGCUCGCAUCGAGUGGCGCCUCCAAGGAGGACCACCAGAAGUGGAAGGACUGGGCGACGGGCGUGCUCGCCCAGCGGGCAAAGCGUCGCCAGCACACGGCGAAGCGCAUGCGGAAGCCCAAGCGCUUCGGCCAGGUCAUCACUGGCCACGAGGCCACGUCCAUCGGCGCAGUCGCCCGCGCUGGCGCCAUGUCCGAGGCCACCUACGGAAGCGAGGUCGUCGCCCUCAGCGAAUCGGAGCGGCUCCAGCGCCGUCGGGGCGUGGCGCGAGACCAGCUCCAUGUGCAUCGCGGCGUGAGCCUCGCCAGCAAAACCGCGCCGCUUGGCGAUGGGGCAGGAGCGUCAGCCAUCGUGCCCGCGAUCCAGUGGUGCAGGGCGCUGUGGCAGGCUGAGGUAUGCGACUUCCCGCUGGCCACUCGCGCGCGGCUGCUUCGGCUUCCGCGUGCCGCCAAGCCCUGUGAGGCCAAGGCUGCCGGCUACCUCUGCGACGGUCUCUGUGCGCGCGGUCAGAGGCUGACACUCAAGCCCUUGUUGUACGAGUGCACCUUGCCUGAGGUAGUUGCCACUCGUGCCGGGUCCAAGGUCAGCGCGCCGUUUUUGCAGGCUGGCCUCGACAUCGCCGAGGGCGUUGCUCUCUGCUUGAUUGGUCUAGUCGCCGACCGCGAGACCCUGGCUGGCAGUGACUGCGUUUCGGCGAUCCGCCGUUUCCAGCAGCCUGUGUCCAAUCAGCUGCGUGCGUCCAACCAGGCUGCAGGUGUCCUCAAAUUCGGUCUGGGCCUCGGGGGGCACCGUUUCGCUUCAGUUCGUCACGUGAAGGUUCAUCGAUCGCAGGAGCAGAUCGAGAGUCUCGGCGCCGAGAAGCGUCAUUGGGCGGAGGCCAACAGGACCACCGUCGCCAGCAGUGCCAGUUGCGCGGUGGACAGCGUUGUCCCGUAUGAAGCUCGAUUGGCCCGCUUCCACGAGCGAGAGGACUUCAGGCACUACCGCAGCUACGGCGCGGACCAGGAAGAUGUCCUGGAGUCCCCGUCGAGGCAGACGGCAAAUCCGGACCACCGUUCGUAUGAGUCGACGGCGCAGAUCCCCAACCUCUUCGACGUGAAGGAGCCCGCCCUGCAGGACCCCAACGCGUACGUGGCCGUGCACCGCGCCACCGGCGCCGUACGCCGCCUGCUCGCCGUGCGCAAGCCAGGCGGCGCCGAGUAUCAGGAGCGGCUGCGCGGCGUGGUCCGCCGCCUGCAGGCGGUCCGGAGUGAGGGCGUCGCGCGGGUCCUCGACGUUUUCGAGGACUGCCGCGCGGUGAGCCUGAUAACGGAAGGCUGCUCCGGGGGCAACGUCUACGACCGGAUUCUGCAGCGGCAGUACUUCGCGGAGCAGGAGUCCGCGAUGCUGGUGCGCCACAUGCUGCAGUCCCUGGACUCGCUGCACCGUGCGGGCCUCUCGCAUGGCCACCCGACUCCGGAUUCUUUCAAGUUCCAAAGCGAGCACAUCCACGCGCCUCUGAAGCUCGUGGACUUCGGGCUUGACCUGAAGGUGCAGCUCUGGGACGCCAUGGGCAGGGCAGGCUCCGGCCCCCACGACGGAGGGCGCCGCACCAACUGCACGCAGCUGUUCGAGACCUGCCGCCUGGUAUUCUGCGCGCCAGAGGUGGUGAGGCCGCUGCAGAGCCGGCGCGCCUCGAACCUGCCGCCGCGGAAGGAGGUGGGCGCAAGCGCCUGGGGGGCCCUGGACCCCGACCUGCUCUCGGAAGCCAUCGACGCCCACCUGGAGCACAGCGAGGAUAGCAGGCUGCAGAGCUCCCUGGAGGCGGCCGACACGUGGAGCGUCGGGGCCAUCGCGUUCCUGCUGCUCUGCGGGUACCCCCCGUUCUUCGCGCCCUGCCGCCACGCCAUCCUGGCGCGGGUGGGCAAGGUCGAUUUCUCUUUCGACCCCCCGUUCUGGUCCAAAAUCUCCGAGGAGGCGAAGGACUUCGUGCAGCGCUGCCUGCGCGGCACGCCGGGCAGGCGGCCCUCGGUGGCCGAGGCGCUGGGGCACACCUGGAUCUCGAGCCUGGCGGACACGUCGCCCUCGGGGUCCAUGCUGUCCUCGUUCGCGCUGAACCUGCGGCGCUUCUACCGCACGUCGCUGAUCGAGGCCUACACCGCGAACAGCCUGGCGGCCAGGAUGAGCCACGCCGACGCCCGGGCGUUCCACGAACUGUGCGCGGAAGCCGAUACGGGGCGCUGCGGCUUCCUGACGGCUUCGGAGCUUCGGGUCAUCCUGGCCAAGCUCGGGCACGUGGAGGUCUCCGAGACAAUAGGAAUCGGCUUCUCCCGCGCGCUGCGACACCCGGGCGAAUCGUACAUCGACUAUACCGCGCUUGUGCAGUCCGUCUGUGCCCGGCAUGAGCACAUCCUGGAAGAGGACCUGUGGAACCACUACCGACGGUUUGCCGCGACGGGCCAGGGCAUGGUGCUGGGCUCGGACGUCACGGCGACAGGCCGCCUGCCCGCCGCGCGUCUCGGCGCCCUGUUGCAGGACCCGGAGGUCCACCAGCUGCUCGCCGACGAUGGCGUCGGGGACGCCGCCACGCUCGCGGAGGAUGUGCGCGGCCUCUCCCGCGCCCGGCCCCUCGAGGGCGGCGGGGCGGAGGCGGCGUGGGAGGCGGCGCCGCCCCCUGGGGAGCCAGAGGUGGAUUUCAUCGAGCUGGUCUCCGAGGUGCUCGGGCGACUGCCCCCAGGCGCCCCGGACCUCCCGCCCUCGUCGCCCUGAGGGCGGCGCGCCCAGGCGGCGCGGUGUUUUCUUGUGGGCGAGCCCGAGGUGCUGGUGGGCGCCGGCUCCGGCUGGGGCCUUGGCCCCAGGCCAGGCCAACCCCAUCCUCAGGAGCAGGCAUACGCCUUGGGCGUUUGCCCAGCAGCGAUCACCAGGACAUCGAGCCUGGGCCCCGGAGCGGGGCACAGGCCCAAGGGGGGUUGUGCGGCAGGUGCACGUCGCCAUGACGUCGGCAUCGGUUGCGGCUAGCCGCCAGCCGAUGUGGCAGAUCGAUCGGCGAGCCGGAGGUGCUGGUGGGCGCCGGCUCGGGCGCUGGCCCCGGGCCAGGCCAACCCGCAUCGAAAGGUC